GUGGAGAAAAUUGUGUUGGGCUCUUUGUUUAAAGAGUUUGAGACUAAGGUAUUGGGCGGCCGUAUUAAAUUGGGAACCGCAUUACGGUUCAACCGAAUGUGGACUUAUAACGGCAGCUUAUACAGGGGGUUCCUGAGGGUGAUGACAGAUCAGGAUCCUGUGGGAAACUUAUUCCAGGUGUUUGAAAAUCAAGGCACUAUUGGAGAGAUUUGGAUAAAAACCUUGGCAGUGACUCCAGGAUAUUGGGGAAGGCCGGAUCUCAACUCUUCCAUGUUUGACAACGAUGGGUUCUUCCGGAACGGUGACGCUGGGUACUUUGAUCCUGAGGGCAAUCUGUAUCUACGGGGUCGGGUAUGUGACCUCAUCAACUUCAGAGGGCACAAGUUUUCUCCAACUGAACUAGAAGACAGUAUUAUUUCACAUCCCUCAGUUAUGGAUGUGGCUGUGGUCGGCAAACCUCAUUCCUGUGAUAUACACCACGCCACAGCAUUUGUUGUGAGGAUACCGGAAUAUAACGUUUCAGAAAAGGAAAUCAUGGACUUUGUAAAUGGGAAAGUGGACGAAACCAAGAAACUUAGAGGGGGUGUUCGGUUUUUGGAUGAGUUACCUCGAACUGCCACCGGCAAGGUCUUGCGUCAGAAACUGAAAGAAUAUGCCUCGACUGACUCAUUCUCUGAAAUCCUUACGGAACAUCCUUCCCUAGUACAUAAUAGUACAAACUAGUUCAUGUCCAGUGCCCUGAUACAAGUGUUCUGUACAUUAGUGCAAUAUACUGCAUAUCUCAAUUAUUUUUAAAAACGACAAGAAAAAAGAAUAAUUUUACAAGAAUUCUUACGUUGAACUUGCAUGUAAAAUUGUAUUAUAGAAUAUUUCCGUUUAAUCUGAUCCAUGUUUGAAAUGUGUUAAUCUCUAGUUAGUCUCAAGAUCGGUAUCACAAUAAAUAAAUGACGGACAAGAAGUAUAUACAAGAUGCAACAGAGGGCUUUCUACACAACAUUAGUUUAUUAUUUUUCAUGGACUAAGAUGACAUAACACUCAAUUGCUACCGAUGGUGUUGCUUUUUUCGUUUACCGUUUAUGUGACUGCAAGUGUUUUUUGUUAUUUCAGAAACCAGUGAAGGUAUAAAACUCUAAUUAGUCAGUAUAAUUGUUCUUGCAACCACACAACAAGAGAAAAAAUACAUUGUAUGAUCACAUAGUAAUAACAGUUAUUAAUUCAAAACUACUAACUUAUAAUACUAUUAUAUUAUAAUAUUUAUUUUCUAAACUUGAUGUUUAUAGGUUUUCGUAAAAUUGCUUCAAAUUUGAUAAUACUAUUCGUACUUAAGACCCAGA